UCGGAUUCAGAUUUCAGAGUCGCAGAGAAAGAGUUUUGGUGUGAUGGCGGCGAUGGGAGAUAGUCCGAGGAGUGGGUUGUCGAGUCCGGAGGCGAAGUUGGGGAUGAGGGUGGAGGACCUGUGGGAUGUAAUGGAGCCACAGCUCAGUCCUACUGAGAAGCUCAACGCUUGCUUUGAGAGCAUCCCUGUCUCUGCUUUCCCUCCGGCUCCUUCAGAUAUAGUUAUUGAGAUAAAAUCAGAUGCCAGUUUGGCUGAAGCUGUUCAAAUACUAGCGCAACACAAAAUUCUUAGUGCGCCCGUGGUGGAUGUUGAUGCACCUGAGGAUGCCAGUUGGAUUGACAGAUACAUUGGCAUAGUUGAGUUUGCAGGAAUUGUUGUUUGGAUUCUGCAUCAGUCUGAACCACCAUCUCCCAGGAGUCCAUCCAGUGCAACUGCUUUCGCAGCGGCAGCCAAUGGAGUGAAUGGUGAAACUGGGUUCCUAGGCCCUGAAUCUGCUGCAACAACUUCAGGAAAUUUUUUUGAAGCUCUGACUUCUUCUCGCUUGUAUAAAAACACAAAGGUUCGUGACAUCUCUGGGUCAUUCCGCUGGGCUCCAUUUCUUGCUUUGCAGACAUCCAACUCUUUUCUGAGCAUGCUCUUACUGCUUUCAAAGUACAAAUUAAAGAGUCUUCCUGUAGUUGAUUUGGGUGAAGGGAAAAUUGAUAACAUCAUCACUCAAUCUGCCGUUAUUCAUAUGCUAGCUGAAUGUGCUGGGCUUCAAUGGUUUGAAAGUUGGGGAACCAAGAAACUAUCUGAACUUGGUCUUCCAGUGAUGACCCCUGAUCGCGUCAUCAAGGUCUAUGAGGAUGAACCAGUGCUCCAGGCGUUUAAGCUGAUGAGGAAAAAGAGGAUUGGAGGGAUUCCUGUUGUUGAAAGUGGUGGUAGCAGGGCAGUGGGUAAUAUAAGUUUAAGAGAUGUUCAGUUCUUGCUAACCGCACCAGAGAUCUAUCAUGAUUAUAGAUCUAUCACAGCAAAGAACUUCCUGACAUCUGUUAGAAACUACUUAGAGAAGCAUCAUGAGCUCUCCCCAAUUUUGAGUGGCAUGAUUACGUGCAAAAAGGACCACACGAUGAAAGAACUGAUUCAGCUCCUCGACUCUGAGAAGGUCCACCGGAUAUAUGUUGUCGAUGAUGACGGGAAUCUGGAAGGAGUGAUCACGCUCAGAGACAUCAUCUCAAGGCUAGUACAUGAGCCGCGUGGCUACUUUGGUGAUUUCUUUGAUGGUGUUCUCCCGCUGCCACAAAGCAGCAGGGUUUAAGAGGUAUGAAGAAUAGCAUUCUGAUAAUUUCCUCACUGGUUGACUUCCCCUCCCCCAUCUGUUCUCCUUUACUUGUAAUAAUCUUUGCCCUUGCUCUUUGGUGGUUUUCUUGGAGACUGUCAAAUGUGGUGAUGGCAGCGUAGGCAAGCUCCUGUAAUUAAAUUUUCUCCAGUUGAACUGAUCUAACUUUUAUGUAUAUUUGCUGUAUCGAUGAACUUUUGAGGCGAGGUUUUUGUAUUAGAAUUGGUCUAACAAAUAAACUCCUUACUCGUGUACCUUUGUACUCGAAUCUUGAUA